AUGCACACAGAGAUGCAUCAUCCGACUCCAGCAUUUCAAGUUCCGGGGCGGCGACCCUGCAGCAGGGUGACAACAGCGUGCGAGCAUCAAAGCAGGCCAUCUCUUCGCAUCUUCUCCUCACUAAGCUCAGUCGCCGUCGCCUCCCUUGAGAGGAUGUGCAGCGCGCACUGCAGCCCCGUUGCCUGCCUCAUGACGUCACGCGUGUCUGUCGCCCCCUCGCUCUCCAUCUUCGCCACGGCGACCCGCAUGGCGUCCAUAACGGCGUCCAACCUGCCCAGCGUUUCCUCAGGCUCUGCCAUCCCUGUCGUACGUGAUACAGACCCACCACGAAUGACCGUGUGCGUUCAAAAAGAUAAAAAAUGA